CACCGACAUUGCAGUUGCAUAGUAUAUGACAUUACAUCAGAAGCCAUAUUUGUUACGUAUAGUGUUACACAUCGGUACGCCUUCGUGAUGGCUGUCAAAGCCUCAAUCCUUGUCGCCAGUGCCAUUGCGACACUGGCACGGGCAGCGCAGCCCGGAGCUGCAUCUCCCAUCGCCGCGCCUAUGCGAGACCUCGUCUGGGGCAAGCUCAACUUCCUCCACACGACAGACACCCACGGCUGGCAUGGCGGACAUCUACAAGAAGCACAGUAUUCGGCUGACUGGGGUGAUUACAUAUCCUUUGCCGAACAUCUUCGAAAAGAAGCAGACGGACAGGGCGUUGAUCUGCUCCUUGUCGACACCGGCGAUCGCGUCGAAGGAAAUGGACUUUACGAUGCCUCGAAUCCCAAGGGGAAAUACUACUAUGACAUAUACCGCGAGCAGGACGUCGACAUCAUAUGCACGGGGAACCACGAGCUGUACCAUGCCUCGACUGCCGAUGGAGAACACCUGCGGACCGUCCCGAACUUCCAGGACAAGUACGUUGCGUCCAAUCUGGACUACAUCGACCCUAAGACGGGACUGCAGAUCCCCAUGGCGCAGUGGUACCGCAAGUUCCAGACCAAGAACCAGAAGCUGACUAUUGUCGCCAUGGGUUUUCUUUUCGACUUUACCGGAAAUGCCAAUAACACAGUGGUACAGCCCGUGAGGGAGACCAUCAAGGAGCAGUGGUUCCAGGACGCCAUCCGGGAGAAUCCUGAUGUGUUUGUGGUGAUUGGUCACGUCGGCGUGAAGAUGCCCGAGUUCAAGGAGAUCUUCACAGCCAUUCGUAAGCAGAAUCCAUUCACGCCCAUCCUGUUCUUCGGCGGCCAUGUGCACGUGCGUGACGCGACGGCGUAUGACUCCAGAUCGUUCGCUAUCGCCAGCGGCCGUUACUUUGAAACGAUCGGCUGGAUGUCGGUGGACGGUGAUCUGAAGAGGGCAACCAAGGACGUCGUCGUUGCUGCUGUCAAUGACGAUGAGCCGUCUUCGACUGAGGCUGCGGAAUUCUCGUUCCACCGUAGGUACAUUGACAACAACCUACUGGGUCUCUACUAUCACACCGGGUUGAACAAGUCCACAUUUCCUACAGACCACGGCCGAAAUGUGUCACAAAUGAUCGCCCAGGCCCGCAAGGAUCUCGAUCUGGACUACACGUUCGGCUGUGCACCAAAGAACCUGUGGAUGACGAGGGCGCCCUAUCCCUCCGAGGACAGCAUCUACACGUGGCUCGAGAAGGAGGUUCUUCCAGAGAUCGCCAUCAACGACGACAGGAAAGAUGUCCCUCGCCUGGUUAUCAUGAACACCGGUGCCAUCCGGUUCGAUGUCUUCAAGGGCAAAUUUACCAGAGAUACAACGUAUAUCAUCUCGCCCUUCCUCAGCGUCCUCAACUACAUCCCCGACAUCCCUUACGAGGUUGCCAGUAAAGUUAUCGGCUUACUCAACAACGCCGGGCGGAUCAUGGAGGAGCAUGCUCCUAUGGAUGCUCGAUUUAUGGCCAUCCCGGAGCAAUUCGCCAUCACACAGGACAUUAUUCAUGAGAAGCCAAUGCCUUCGUUCGCGAGUGAGGGUAUUGUGGACGGGCAAAAGCCCCUGUCAGGUGAUGGCGGCUCUAAGAAGGAGCCCGUUUUGAUCGAAGGCUAUACGACAAAGGAUGAUAUUGGUGACGAUGGCGAUGAUGCUAUCCACUCUGCCAUUAACUUCUAUGUCGUGCCUAACUGCAUCCAGGCCGAAGUUGGGUUCUCGCCCAAGGAGGAGGGCGAGAAGCCUGAAAGGGUUGAUCUCGUUUUCUUUGAUUUCAUUCAGCCAUGGGUCAUGGGUGCGCUGAAGAUCUCCGGAGGCGAUUACACUAAUGAUGAUGCCAAGAGAUAUGUCAAUGGAACCUUUACGGAAUUGAUGGCGGGCUGGAUUAAGGAGAACUGGCCUGCUAACUGUUAGGCACAGCAGCCAUAUUGUUCAUAAUCUCACUGGCAUGGGAAACUGAAGGCACGGCGACCUGAGACGGGGCUCGGUCAUGCGGUACGGGAUAUGUCACAUUGGCGGCGUCUAUUUCUUGAUGACUAGGUUGGAUUGUGGGAUCGAAUAUGAAUUAUGAACGGGAUAAUGAUUUCAGAAUGUAAAUAACAAUGGUAACAUAGCGAGUACUGUGCGCAAAACGAAUAUAAACCCAGCACUUGAGCUGAACCUGGUUGUUGAACCCGCCAAAGUAUCAUGUAUCCCAUUACUUUGCGCCUUGAACGCCGCGCCGUAUCCGUGUAAAUGCUACAAAACGAACCAUCACCAUACCCGUGCAACCGACAUGUGCCCCCUUCUCCUUUUCUCACACCCAAUUGCAAGUCGUUUCAGUCAUAGCCAGGCUACAACUGAUCCAACAGCCUCCUCCUCCUCCUGUCAAUAAGCUCCUGCGCAACCUCCUCCAUCGUAGGAAGCUCCCACUCCGGCAACGGUUCCCAUCCAGGAGGCGGCUCCAAUCCCGCCGCCGCCUUCGCCAGGUUCUCAAACGCCUGCCUCUCCCUUGCCGCCUCAUACGCCAACAGCUUCUCGUCCUCUUCGUCUGGCGCAUACCCGUAAUACGCCGCAUCCACCUGUUUCCUCAGAUCAUCCCUCGUCUCCAACGGCUUCUCAUCAUCCUGCUUCGCCCUCGCCGCCGCCUCAAACAGCUCCUUCACACCGGGUAACUCCCUCGCCCU